AUGGGUGGAGGACUCGUAGAAGUUGAUGUCCAAACUGGACAAGAUGCUUGUGAGUCUGAUUUACCGAUGAAGCCUUCAAGAACCCUAGUCCUUAUUGGCUGCUCAGGCAACGGGAAAAGUGCGACAGGGAAUAGCAUCCUCAGAAGCGAGGCAUUCAAGUCAAAAGGACAAGCAGCAGCUGUUACCAAAGAAUGUGAGCUAAAGAGUACUAAGCGACCAAACGGACAGAUCAUAAAUGUUAUUGACACUCCUGGCCUUUUUAGUUUGUUCCCCUCAAACGAGUCUACCAUCAGAGAAAUAUUAAAAUGCUCUCAUCUUGCCAAAGAAGGAAUCGAUGCGGUGCUUAUGGUGUUUUCCUUGAGGAGCAGGCUAACAGAAGAGGAGAAAUCUGUGCCUUUUGUUUUGAAAACCCUUUUCGGAGAUUCUAUUUUUGACUACUUGAUUGUUGUUUUCACCAAUGAGGAUUCACUUAUUGAUGACAAUGUGACAAUCAAUGAGUAUUUGGAGGGCUCUCCUGAUUUCAAGGAAAUUCUCGCUGCAUGCAACAACCGCAUGGUUCUGUUUGAGAAUAGGCUCAGAACAAGUAAGCGCAAGAAAGCUAAGCAAGUUCAGAAGCUUUUAGACCUUGUUGAAGAAGUUGAGAGGAAGAACAACAACAAGCCAUUUCUGUUUGAUUUAUCUCAUGAGUCAAUGGAAAGCGAGGCUGUAGUUGACGAAAAGGCCAAAAAGAUUAGAGCAAUGAAGAGUAACUACACAAAACAAGAGAUGUCCAAUUGGAAGGAAGAGGAAGUGAAUUCACCUCUGGCCAAGAAGGUAGAGAAGGUGAUAGAAACAACCAGUUUGCUGGAGCAAAAACUGAAUCAGGAGCAAAAUGCAAGGCUUGAAGCGGAAAAAAGGGCGAAUAAACUCCACGAAGAAUCCAGCGAAGAGAUAAAGAUUCUGAAGGAGAAACUCGAGAGAGCACAAAAAGAACUCGAGAAAAGGGAUCAAGGUUGCAUCAUUCUUUGAUGAUCUUUCAAACUUGUGCCAUCUGAGAUCU